CCGGACGCUGCCGGACCUGCAAACAGGACCUGCGCCCUCGGGGCUGGCCGUCUGGCUGGAAAGAAAUACAAUGACACAUCUCGAUUCUGAGGUGAAAGAAGAACGCUUGAGGGAUGACCUGAAGUUUUACUUCAUGAGCCCCUGUGAAAAAUAUCGAGCCAGACAUCAGAUUCCAUGGAAACUGGGUUUGCAGAUUUUGAAGAUAGUCAUGGUCACUACACAGCUUGUUCGAUUUGGUUUAGGUAACCAGUUGGUGGUUACUUUCAAGGAAGAAAACAUUGUUUCAUUUAAGCACUUGUUUUUGAAAGGAUAUUCUGGUGUAGAUGAAGAUGACUAUAGCUGUAGUAUUUAUACUGAAGAGGACGCCUAUGAGAGCAUCUUUUUUACUAUUAAUCAGUAUCAUCGCCUAAAGAACAUCUCCCUGGCACCUCUUGAUUAUGGUGAAAAUGAAGAGAAGAGAAUUGGCUUAAAAAUCUGCAAGCAAUAUUAUAAGAAGGGGACCACAUUUUCUUCUAAUGAGAACCUGACUAUUGACAGUGACGUCGAGAUAGGCUGCAUUCACUUAGACCUGCAGGCUCUCUUGAAUGGGCCCGAGGACUGGAAGCAACUCCCUUUCUUCAAACUGGAAUUUUAUCGGCUCUUACAAGUUGAAAUCUCCUUUCACCUCAAAGGCAUUGACCUACAGGCAAUUCAGUCCCGCGAGUUACCAGAUUGUUAUGUCUUUCGAAAUAAGAUUACCUUCGAUAAUAAAGCUCAUAGUGGCAAAAUCAAAAUCUACUUCGACAGUGACGCCAACAUUGAGGACUGUAGAGCCUUGAACAUAUCUGGAUCCAUUCAGAAAAAUACUCAGUAUGUCCUGCUCUUUGACGCAUCUGUCAUUGCCAUUUGCCUGGCAUCUCUUAUCUUGUGCACAAGAUCCAUUGUUCUUGCUCUGAGGUUACAAAAGAGACUUGAAACCUUCUUCCUGGAGAAGUACAAGCGACGUGUGUGUGAUGCUGACCAGUGGGAGUUCAUCAGCGGGUGGUAUGUCCUGGUGAUUAUCAGCGACCUGAUGACCAUUAUUGGAUCCAUCUUGAAAAUGGAAAUUACAGUCAAGAAUCUCACAAAUUAUGAUUUGUGCAGCAUUUUUCUUGGCACAUCUACGCUGUUUGUGUGGAUUGGAGUCAUCAGAUACCUGGGAUACUUCCAAGCAUACAAUGUGCUCAUUUUGACAAUGCAAGCCUCGCUGCCCAAAGUCCUCCGGUUCUGUGCCUGUGCCGGCAUGAUAUACCUGGGCUAUACAUUCUGUGGCUGGAUUGUCUUAGGGCCAUAUCACGAGAAGUUUGAAAAUCUGAACCUAGUUUCUGAGUGCCUGUUUUCCCUGGUCAACGGUGAUGACAUGUUUGCAACCUUUGCUCAGAUCCAGCAGAAGAGCAUCUUAGUAUGGCUGUUCAGCCGCCUCUACUUGUAUUCCUUCAUUAGCCUUUUUAUAUACAUGAUUCUCAGCCUUUUCAUUGCAUUGAUUACGGAUUCUUAUGACACUAUUAAGAAAUAUCAGCAGAAUGGGUUUCCUGAAACGGAUCUACAAGAAUUCCUGAAGGGAUACUGCAUCAAAGAGUAUGAGAAAGACACCAUUACCUGCCAGACCCAAGUCGGCUGUCAGAGGAAAGGAAGUGAUGAUGACUUGAUGCUUAUUAAUUAAAGUCCUUCAGCUAUGGACAACUGUCAGGCUCCUUAUGCAGUGGAAAUGCAGAGGUACCCCAGAUGUCUUGGACCAGUAGGUCCGAAAGGAUUGGCUUAUUUAACUGUGCAUUAAGCAAGAAGACUGUCAGCUGGCUAAUCGGAACCAAAGUUUCAAAGUCACUUUAUGAACUUGGUGGAUAAAAA